UUUCCAGCAAAUGGGUUUAUAUGAACAUUCAUCUCAUCCCCUUCCAGAAAAAAAUUGCAGUAACAGCAUAACCAGAAACAGAGCUACAUAAAAUUUACUAUGAAUUAGGCAUCCAGUCUGAACAUAUAUUACAACGAAUUCACAAAGGAAGCAAAAUGGGUGCGGAGGACAGUACCCAAAUCGGUGACCACUCUUGAUAUUCUAUCAAUUACAGAAACAAAAAACCUAAAUAAAUAAAAAAAUUAAUUCACAAAAUUUCAAGGAAUCGAAACAACAGAGCACCUCCGACGAGAAUAGGCUAAGAUUUACAAAAACUCAAAUCCUGUGCUCCUCGGCUCUCCCUAUGGGGAGAACCUGAAAGGGAAAAAAAUUUCUAAAAUUAAGGCUUUCACACCUCGAUCACGAAUCGGAAGCAGCAUCGGAGACGAACCCACUCGAAAUCGGCGGGGUUGUGGAGGAGGAACUGAGGAGUCCGCCGUUUUCUUCUUUCCUCUUUCCGAUUCCGGCGCCCAGCGUCGCCACUUACUUGCACAAUUUGCCAUCAUGUUGCAGCAUCAGCGAAUCAUCUCUCCUGCUCGUCGCCGUCGCUGACGCAGAGGCCGACCGGCUCUUACUGAACUGGUUACACACCUCCCGGAGUUCCGCCGGAAUAUUCCCCUGCUUCCUUCUUCUUCGGCAAAACAGAGCUCGCUUCCGCUGGGAGGAAAAAUACGUCGACGCAAAAUUCGUCGGACGUGAGAUUUUAUAUUUCAUAUUAAUGCCUUUGUUGGACAUUCAACGAGUUUUGAAAUGCGGAAAAAAAGAGUUUAUUAUUAAAAAAAAAAAAAAACUCAUGAGCUUGGGCUCUCACUCAUGCGGAGACGCACGCGCACCUUCCCGCGGGCCCACUUUCGGUUUAAAUUUCACAAUUCAAACCAAAACCACCUGUAAAGAAAGAGACCGCUCGCCGACAACGGAUCGCUUUCCCCGAGGCUGAAUGCUCUACUGUAUCAGUUCAAUACAGAUGUUCUUGCUGGGUUUUCACUUUUAUGUUAAUCUGCCUGCUCGCAUCUCCAAUUCCGCAAUUCCUCUCCAACUCCCUCAUCUCGACAUCGAUGAAGAAAACUCACAUUCGUCGGUAUUUCGAUCGAAAAUGGCUGAUUCCUGUGAUUCUAAGCUCUGUGCUCUCGGUAAUGCUUCUCUUCUCUGCAACCCUAGGGCACCGAACCUCCCCUUCCACACCCGAUGCGUCGUCUUACAAGCUGAAAUCAACUGUUUCAAGACGAAACUUUGGCGCCGAAGAUGACCGAUUUGGGCUUCCAAAGCUACCGAGAUUCGCCUACUUGAUAUCGGGCACGAAAGGGGAUGGGCAGCGUCUGAGGCGGGUGCUUCAGGCCGUGUAUCACCCGAGGAAUUACUAUCUCUUGCAUCUUGACCUUGAAGCCUCGGAUGCAGAACGGCUUGAGCUCGCCAAGCAUUUGAAAUCUGAUGCGGUUGUAAGGAAAUUCAACAAUGUGAUGGUGGUAGGUAAGGCGAAUCUAGUCACGUAUAAGGGUUCGACCAUGAUUGCUUCUACGCUUCAUGCUGUUGCGAUACUACUGAAACAGCUGAAGAAUUGGGACUGGUUUAUAAAUCUUACUGCUUCGGAUUAUCCCCUCAUGUCGCAAGAUGAUAUACUGCACAUUUUCUCAUACUUGCCUAGGGAUCUGAACUUCCUCGAGCACACGAGUACUAUUAAUUGGAAAGAGUAUCAAAGAGCAAGGCCUAUUAUUAUAGACCCAGGCUUGUACCGUUCAAAGAAAUCUGGUGUAUUUUGGGCCAAAGAGAAAAGGACCAUGCCUUCUUCUUUCAAGUUAUUCAUGGGGUCUGCCUGGGUGGUGCUGACCAAGUCCUUCCUUGAAUUCUGCGUUUGGGGAUGGGAUAAUCUACCACGAACUCUCUUCAUGUACUACACGAAUGUCCUGUCAUCCCCUGAGGGCUACUUCCACACUGUCAUCUGCAAUCACAAAGACUUCCAGAACACAACAGUAAAUCAUGACUUGCAUUAUAUACGGUGGGAUAACCCUCCGAAGCAGCACCCAAUCACUCUUACAGUGGACCAUUUUGAUGACAUGGUCCGGAGCGGUGCACCUUUUGCUCGAAAGUUUGCCAAGGAUGACCCAGUUCUCAACAAAAUUGAUGAGAAACUCUUAAAGAGAUUAGGUGGCCGAUUUGCACCAGGGGGUUGGUGCGUGGGUAAUUCUGAUAUGGGUAGGGAUCCUUGUGUAGUUUAUGGUAGCCCUAAUGCUAUUAAACCUACCAUGAAUUCUAAGAGACUAGAGAAUCUUUUGUUAAAGCUUCUUGAUUCUGAAAACUUCAGGGCUAAACAGUGUAAAUAGCUUCACCACGGUUCAUUUUUGUCCCCACCAA